AUGGAUUAUCGUGUUCUAGCUAUCACCGUUUUAUCUGCGAAAGGCCUAACAAAAGUUAAUACUAUAUCUGACAUGGACGUUUACGUGACGGGGUUGAUCUCCGGUGACCAGAGAACUGAACAGAGGACUCCCACCAACAGCCGUGGCAGCGGAAAGAGCCCCGAAUGGAACCACCGCAUGAAGUUUUCGGUGGCUGAAUCCGACCUGGCCACGCCCACCGACCACUUUGUCAGGCUCAAUCUCCGGUCCAAGCGCAAAGUUCUUGGUGACCGAGACAUUGGCUACGUCACCAUCCGCCUCCACGAGCUUCUUGAAAAAGCAGGCCGCGCCGGAGAACGUUUCAUGGAGCACAAGGUGCGUGAUCCCACCGGAAAGACUACAGACGCUAAGCUGAAAUUUUGUUACAGGUUCGAUGAAAAGUUUGUUGCCCCGCCGCCGGAGAAAUUUUAUGACUUCGCCAUGUAUUGGUGUGCGCAGCCACCUCCAGGGGUGGCACCGCCACAUCGUCCACCGCAGUUGUAUGUGUUUGCUGCAGAGACAGAUGCGAUAAAGUAUGGAGUUGAACGGAUGCAGAAGAAGCACAGGCAUUCCUUCUGUUUGGUGUAA